AUGGUCCUCAAGGUCUACGGUAGCCCCGCCUCGAUCUGCACUAAGCGCGUCGCACUCGUUCUCCAUGAGAAGAAAGUGUCUUUCGAGCUGCACGUCAUCGACCUUGCAAAGGGAGAGAACAAGUCGCCCGAGUACCUCUCAAAGCAACCGUUCGGGCAGAUUCCGUAUAUCGACGACGACGGUUUCAUCCUCUACGAAAGCCGCGCCAUUGCAGCUUACAUUGCCGCCAAGUACCCUGAGCAAGGAACGAGGGGAUUGAUACCCAAGCCAAAGCGCUUUUCCUCCAGGCCGCGUCCGUUGAGCUCGCCAACUUCGAUGAUGUUUGAUAUGACGACGAACCAGGCGGUCGUCGACGACCAAGUUGGUCAGCUCGCUGCCAGAUUGGACGUGUAUGACCAGAUUUUGAGCAAGCAGAAGUACGUCGCCGGAAAUGAGCUCACCUUGGCUGACCUGUACCAUCUCCCUUAUGCCUCCUUGCUCGGCGCGGCAGGCUCCGACGUCCUCGAGAAGAGGCCCAACUUCCUUAGAUGGUACAAGGUCAUUUCUUCCCGGGCAUCCUGGCAAGCCAUCAAGGAUGGCGUCAAGGGCACUGCUUGA